GAGAGGAGAGCAGGAGAGCACCGGCUGACACUGAAAGCUCUACUAUUACUACGACUGCCAACGCUACACGGCUGAACGCUGCAGACGUUGCUCUCAUCGGAGACUGCAUCUGCUUCACGGGAGAUUUUUCUGUCCCUGACUGGGGGGUCUGAAUGCCCGUUUGUGGUUGUUGACACAAGUGUGUAAGAGUGUGUGUGUGUGUGUGUGACAUGCCCGCUAAGGAGUGACUGAUGAGAAGCGGUGGCCAGGUCUGGAGGGUAAUCCCCUGUCCGUACCACUGCUCAGGGACGACUGACGCCAGGCAUUUCCACGACGACUAUAAUGGGCUGCAAUCUGUGCACUUUACAGAAACGAGAGGAACACUACAAACUGCUGUAUGAGAUUGCCCAGGUUAACGGCAAGAACCUCUCCAAGACCAGCCACGAUGAGGCAGUGGAGGCCUUCCGUAACGCCAAGGACCCCAUCGUGGUGCAAGUCCUCAGGCGUAACCCCCCUGGUGCCCGCGGGCCCCCUCAGGAAGUCCUGGUGGUGGACGUUUGCACCCAGACCGACAUCACCUUCGAACACAUCAUGGCGCUGGCCAAGCUCCGCCCUACCACCCCUCCCGUGCCUGACAUCUGCCCCUUCCUCCUCUCUGACAGCUGCCACUCUCUCCACACCAUGGAACAGGAGUUCUAUGAGGGGACAGACUACCUCUCCACCCUGCCAGUGGACGGAGAGAGGACGGAGGAGUUUGAGUACGAGGAAGUGGAGUUGUGUCGCCUCAACAGCCAGGAGAAGCUGGGCCUGACUCUGUGUUACCGGACAGACGAGGAGGAGGACAUGGCCAUCUAUGUCAGCGAGGUCGGUCCGAACAGUAUCGCAGACAGAGACGGUCGCAUCAGGGAAGGGGACCGCAUCUUACAGAUUAAUGGUCAGGACGUGCAGGACAGAGAGGAAGCUGUGGCCAUGCUUUCCAGUGAGGACUGCAGGAACAUCCUGCUGUUGGUGGCCAGACCUGAGAUGCAGCUGGAGGAGGCCUGGCUGGAUGAUGAGCACAGUGAGUUCCUGGAGCAGUUGAAGAUGGAGAUGCUGGAGGAGCAGCAGAGGGAGGAGAUGGAGCUUGUCGCCCUGCAGGAGGAACAGGAGCACGACCAGACAAAAGAGGAGGACGAGCUGAUAACAGACACAGCCACCUGUUCCUUUCUUACUCAGGACAAGGACAGAGGGGGGGGGCUUAGGAACAGAGGCCCAAGCUCCGAGCACGACGUCCUGGCCCAGAUUCAGCGCAGGCUGUCCCAGUGCCUGAGAGACACGCACAGCCAGGACACGCACAUCCUAGAGGAGGAGGAGGAAGAGGAGGAGACGGAGGGCGACCGUUUCCAGCAGCUGCUGGAGCUGAAGUGUCAGAUCCGGAACAGCGGUGAGUACGACCUGUUCUACAGCCGCCGCAGUACCAUCGAGUGCAGCCUGGGGGAGCCAGUGGGCGUGCAACACGAGCUACGCAUGCUCAACGACGAACUGCGCAGCAUUGAGCUGGAGUGCCAGAACAUCAUGCAGGCCCACAAGCUUCGGAAGGGCCAGGGUGACCAGCACCAGGGACCCCAGGCUGGCCGGCCCAUGCCCCCCUCCAAGGACCCCCUCCAGGGGGGUGUCCCCCAAAGCAGGGGCAAGCUGGUGGACAUCAAGGAGCGUCCGGAGAAGUCGGACAAGGACAGCUCCAGUGCGUACAACACCGCGGAGAGCUCGCGGAGCACUCCCCUGGCCAUGGACCGCUCCCCGGAGCACUCGCUGCAGAGGAGGAUGGUGGCCAUCACCAACCAGAGGAACCUGCGCAGCACCAGCCGGCUGGCGGGCGGCCUUUCCCCCAGCCCAAGCCCCAGCCCCAGCCCUUCCCACCAGCGCACCCCCGUCCCAGGCAAGAGCAGCAGCCCGGACCACAGCAACCCCUCCGAGUCGGACCAGACGGCCCAGGCGGAGGAGGGGAGGAUGAUGGUCCCCUCCAGGGGCGCCCAGAUCCCCUACCUGUCCCCAUCCCACAGCUCCCAGCACAGGCAGGCCAAUGGCUCCAUCCCAGCCCACGCGCGCCACUACCAGAGCUACAUGCAGCUGAUCCAGCAGCGUUCGGCCGUGGAGUACGCCCAGAGCCAGCUCAGCCUGCUCAGCGUCUGCACGGAGCCCCAGCGGCCCGCCAACGAGCCCAAGAUGGAGUGGAAGGUGAAGAUCCGCAGCGACGGCACGCGCUACAUCACCAAGAGGCCCGUGAGGGACAAGAUCCUCCGCGAGCGCGCCCUCAAGAUCAAGGAGGAGCGCAGCGGGGGGAUGACCACGGACGACGACGCAAUGAGCGAGAUGAAGAUGGGGAGGUACUGGAGCAAGGAGGAGAGGAAGCAGCAUUUGAUGAGAGCCAAGGAGCAGAGGAGGAGGAGGGAGUUUAUGCAGAGGAGCAGGUUGGAGAGCCUGAGGGAGAGCCCGCAGAGCAGCAGCGAAGGACGGAAGGAGGUCAGCAUCAUCGAGCUGAGCCACAAGAAGAUGAUGAAGAAACGCAACAAGAAGAUCCUGGACAACUGGAUGACUAUACAAGAGCUGAUGACACACGGGGCAAAAGCCCCCGAGGGCGCUAAGGUCCACAACGCCUUUCUCUCAGUCACUACUGUAUAAUAGUAAAACAAACACACACAAUCUACCCCAUGUGGUAUAUAAUAUACUUGCCUCGUUCAAUGUGGCGUUUUUAUGCGGACAUUAGGAAUAUUUUUCACACUUUGUAACCCGAAAAAAGCAUUUUGUAAAGAAUUUACCAAUGGUUUUUUGUCAUGGCUUUUUUUAAUGUUUUCAUUCUUUUUUCCAUAUCUCAGUAUUUCAUAAAACACUUUUGUAUGAAAUGAUUGAGCAAUUAUUUUUCUUGGUUCAACCUAAAUGUAUAUCUUUACAAUUAUUUUCAUACUUUGGUUCGGUUUAACCCUUAUCCCCAAGUAACCAGAUGUUUUAAUUUGAAUGUAUAGAGACAUAUUCAGAUCAGAAUGAUUCAGAUGUUCCGGUACACCUGACAGCUUCUAUAUUUCUACAAUCUCCUUGCUACAAUAACUUUCUUCCGCUUGUGACCUUUCAUCACACAUACGGCACAGACAGUGACACUAACAGCAGUUUAAGGUUUACAACUCCAACAACAGUUUACGGCAACACACAAGCCAAAAAUACACUGCUUUGACAAAGGUAACAUAUAUUUAGUGUAUGACACGCCGUUUGUAAGGAAAGCCUAGUAGUACAAUAUGACAACAUGGUGAAUGACUACACAGUGAGAUAAUGUUCGACUCUGUAUUCAUUACAAACAUACAGAAGAGGUUGAAUGAAAAUGUAAUGGUAUACCCUGCACUCUACCUUCAUUGCAUUGAUUAUGUUGAUGAUUAUUUUAUUUUUGUACUAACCAUACUUAUUGCAUAAUGUUACCCAACAUAGCCUUAACAGUUCUUUGAUUGAAAAAUUCAUUGACCUCAUUUUGGGCAACCUGGCUUUACAAAUAUGACCAAUCCUUAGAAGUCAGGAUAUUACUUAAUGUCAAUAAAACGUACUUAAUACUUUCAAAUACAGAAUUUAGAAAUAAAAUAAUACACGUUAUGUUAUGUGCCACCCAUUAAAAUCUCCCAUACAAUGAUUAACAAUUAAGUACCCACUUAGAUGAUGCAACUUAGCUUUCAUUACACUUUCAGCACAUAUUAAAAUAGUUAAAUCAAGUAUCCAUCUAAAUGCAUACAUGCCUGUCAGGUUAGGUGUACAGCAUAUACUUGUUUCAUAAAUGCCUCAUUUUCAGUGAAAUAAUGUAAAUUCCAAUUAAAUCCCUGUAUUUGUUUCAAGUCAAUGUCAAUGGUCUUACUUCAAGUAAUAUGUAAAUGGAACAUUUGUAGCCAGGUAAAUGUGUGGUAAUUGUGAUCAUUGAAAAAAUAAAUCUGAAUAAAUUAUUGUUUUUUUUC